CAUUUUUGGUACGAAGAAAGUUGAAAAAAAUCAACAUAUAUAUAAGUACAGUGUUAAAAAAAUAAACAGCAAAACCAAGACAUAAGAAAGAGAGAGAGUAACUAGUAAAUUUGUAUCCAGUAGUGAAGUAGUGAGAAAUGGUGAAGCUAAGACAAUUGAUAAAAAGGAGGGAUGCGAUUGUAAAGUAUCUCUCUUGCAACCUUUGCAACCAAUUUCUGAUUGAUGCCACCAAAAUCAUCGAUUGCUUUCAUACUUUUUGCAAGGAGUGUAUUCAUACUAAAAUUAGAGAAGAAGACUUGGAAUGUUGUCCAAUAUGCCACAUCCAUUUAGGGAUGAAUCCUUUUCAGAAAAUGAGGCCUGACUUGAGUUUGCAAGACAUAAGAAACAGGAUAUUUCCUGUGGGAAAAGAAAAGGAAGCACGUGAGUACCUCCCUGCAAAUCUCUUAAAAGCUAGUGGCUACAAUCCUCCUAAUAAUAAUCAUAAUGUGCAUGGUUCUACUUCUCAAAAAGGAAAAGCCAACAAAAUUCUCAAAAAUAAAAACAAGAGAAUCAAAAUUGAUCAACAACAAGUUAUUCAUGUUGAAAAAGUGGUACCAUCACCACCAAGAGCUAAGAAGGUUCCUAAAGAGGAAAUAUUUGGUGAUUUAAGCAUUUUACCUAUGGCUUUCUUUUCUGAAUCUGUUCAUAAACCACUUGGCAAAGAUGUUUGGUACUUCUGCUUGAGAGCUUCUCAAAAUCAGAAAGGAGGUCCAGCCUUGCCUCAAAUUACUUCAUGUUAUGCACAAAUGAAGGAUGGAAAGGUGCCUAUAUCUUAUCUGCAUAAAUUUCUGAAGAAAAAGCUAAACCUCGAAAAUGAAGAUGAGGUUGAGAUUUCAUGUUUGGGUGUACCUGUGGACCCAACGACGCCUGCGGAAAAAUUGGUAAAGAUGUGGAAGAAAGCAUCCGAAAAGAAGAAAAAUGAAAUUGAAGUUGGUAGUCUGAAUAUUGCUGUACUAAACUAUGGUCGAAAGGUUCCAUCCAUGCAUCAUUGAUCAGCCUCUCCUUUUAUUUUUAAUAUAAUACUUCAUACUUAUUUCAAUAUUUUGAUGUGUCCGUACAUGCGUGACUUCAAUAGACACAUAAAAUGUUUCGUACUAGUACUUGGUUUACUGGGAUAUUUGACAUUUUUAUUUAUAUCUUUGCCUUUUCUUUUUAUGAUUUUGU